UAUUUUUAAAAUGGACAAAUUUGGGCAAGCUGUUCAGUUUCAGCAUUCCAUGCUACAACAGAACAAGGAUUUGAGUUUUGCUAGAUUUACAAAGCAAAUGAUUCUUGAAAUGUGCAUUUUGAGUGGCUGUGACUAUCUGCAGUCAUUACCAGGAAUGGGACUGAAAAGGGCUCAUGCACUUAUAAAACGAUUUACAACUUACGACCAGGUGAUAAAGCACCUAAGAUACAACAUUUCUUCGGUUCCACCUCUUUAUGAAGAAUCAUUCAAGAAAGCACUACUGACCUUUCAGCAUCAACGUGUUUACGAUACAAUUACUGAAAAAAUUGUUCAUUUGUCUGACAUUUAUGAGAAUAUUGAGGAUGAUGGGGAUUUCUUAGGGCCAUAUCCUUUUUAA